GUGGUAUGUGUCAUUAAUUGAGAGAAUUAUCUGCACCUGCGUAUUAGUCAGUUUUGGCCAUCCUAUCACAUCAAUUAGUUUUUAAUGAUAGUAUAACUGAAUAUGCACUAAAUUAUCCCCUUUUAUAUAGUUACAGAAUCAAAAUCACAAUACUAGCCUCAAAAAUUUACCAUCAUCGACAGACAUAAACGAUAAAAAUUCGUGUUUAACGACAACAACUGAAAAGCUUGAACAGAAUGAUACUCCCAUGAAUCAUUCAGUUAGUUGUGCUUAUAAUGCCUCAAUGCAUCCAUUACUCAUUCCAUCUCUGGGAGUUCCACUACAAAAAAUCUCAGCCAUGUUAGCCGCAAUGCAUCCAACAUCUACACUACUAUCUUCUUCUUCGGCCGAAGCUACCUCGUCUACAAUAACUCUCAGCAAUCCAAAAGCAAUCACCCCAACAUCAUCAACACAAAUUGUUCCUACGCCGCCAACAGUAAACGUUUCAGCUUUACAAGCGGUUGCGACUGCUGCUGCAGCGGUCCUUGCUAGUCACCAAAGACCACAGACAGCAACAAUGAUUGCUACUGCUACAUCUCAAAACAACAAUAGUAAUUCCCGUCGACCAAGUGGUUCCUCAUUUGGAUGGGGAAAUAGAGAACGAAAAAUGGAAGAAAACUGGCGUACGCAAGCGAGACCAGAAUCAUCGUAA